AUGGCGAUUUACGGCGCACAACGCUAUAUUGAAGCAAUCGAGACCUUUCAAGAUGAUGCUCGCGAAAUUGGCCAGUGCUCACAGCAUGCAAAUACGAAAUACUCAACUCUUUCUUCAGAGCUACGCAACAAGUCUGUCAGUCCCUCUGAAGCAGAAAGUGUCAUUCGAAAGGCCAUAAAUGUUCAGCUUGACUCCACACCGCUUCGUCUGCUUGAUACAACCACCGGACUCUUAUGUGAUCGAGAAGCGCAGAUAAGCGCCUUCGAAAAAAGCACAGAGUACAAUGAGCUUUUGUUAUCGAUUAUGGCGCAUCCAGACCUCCCAUUGGGGCGCAUCGCAGACGCGGUGGCGACAUACUUCGGUUAUGACAUGUUAUCCCAUCGAUUGGGCGAGAACGAGCCACUGCUUCACGACAUCCAGGAUAAGGUCGUGUACAAGUUGAAGGAGGCCGGCGGUUUCAUGAAAUUGCAGUCAUUCUGCAAAUUAGCUCGUCACAUGAGGUAUCACUGGGCCUGGGUCGACACGUGUUGUAUCAACCAGAAUAACAAUGCCGAGCUCCAAAAAUCACUCAACUCCACGUUUACCUGGUAUCGCCAUUCAGCGCCCACGAUCGUCUACCUCUCGGGUGUUCCGUCUUCGUCUAAAUUUGGCGCACUGGCUCAGAGUGCUUGGAACACCCGAGGAUGGACUUAG